UUCGGGCCGCGCUGCCCGGCGGGGCGGUGCCGGGGCGGCGCCGGAAGGCGGGUUUGGUUCCGGGCCGCGCGGCGCCACGGACUCGCUGUGGCGGCUGAAGCGGUUCGAUGCCUUCCCCAAGACAAGACCCUGGAGGACUUUCGGGUCAAGACGUGCGGGGGCGCGCUGGGUUCAUCCGGAACUGCGCGUUGACAAAUCAAGGGGAGCUAAACCGAAGAUCAGUCUCGAUGUUAUUCUUCCGCACGUGCCUUGUGCUUAGUUGAGCAUCGAUGCCAGGAACGUAGCAGGAGAGCAGCAGCUGGAUGUAGAGCACAAUCUGUUUGAACAACGUUUGGAUAAAGCUGGCAAUCGUGUGACCCCGGAGGCCGAGAGCCACGAUCAAUAUGACGCACUAUAUCGAGCAUCUCUCGUUUGGGAGGGAUUAUCCAGGCAUUGUGAACCCUCUGGACGGGACGGAUGUCGCUGCGCAGCAAGCUUCCACGAUGUUUCAGCGUUUUGUCAAAGCGGUCCCCAGGGUGUAUAUGAAAGUAGAUGGUGAAGUGGUAGGGACUAAGCCGUUUUCAGUUACACGACAUGAGAAGAUAGCCAACGGGCUACUGGGAGACCAGGGUCUGCCUGGUGUAUUUGUGCUAUAUGAACUUUUGCCCAUGGUGGUGAAGCUGACAGAGAAACACAGGCAUUUUGCCCUGAACACCUGCGAAGAUUCACCUCCUCAGGGAGACCAGGGCGUACCAGAGCCAUAAAAGCACGUGGAAGAGGAGUCUGGCGACUGCUGCUACUGCCAGUACCGCCGUCAAGGGAUGCAGUAGGGUUCAGGAGCUGGGAUGUACAUUCUUACACUGAUAAAACAAGCGUCCACACUGUGCUUAGGUCUCCGACUCGGUCCGAUACUGGGAUCGUGAUUAGCACGGCAUAGCAAUAGGAGACUAACGGUUGCCUGAAGGCUGUAAGCUCUGGCGCUGCCUCAGAUCCCCGGAGGCGAGGCAAGAGGAGUAACAGUACCUCCACUUGCCGAAG